AUUGGUCGCUCACGCCACGAACCCGUGAGUCAUCGUGACUGGAUUGCCCCUUGACUCGACCAUUGAAGUGUGCUCGAGAGCGCCGCAGUCUUGUCCCGCUUUACUCGCUGCUCUCUCAGCUUACCGCUCCACCGGCUCGUUACGACCCCUCUUCAAUCGGGAUCGGGCCUGUCGGACCGUGAGGCCGACGAGUGGAACAAGCGCAGUGGAUUUUGGCCGACGUGCCGCGGCGUGUGGACCCCUCAACUUUCCUCGCCGGCGGUCAACGCGGAGUCCGUCGAGAGUCACCUCGUCUAGCUUGCAACCGUUAUUCAUCAACGCAUUUCCCUUCCUGCUCGAUCGUCUCUUCUUCAUUCGAGGGCCCAUCGACGGCGAGCGUCAUCUUACAGACGCUGAGGAUUUUGUACAAAAGAGGGUCUGCUCACAGCUGCUGAGAAUUGCAUUGCUACGCCACACCAAAAGAAUGUCCAACCCCGCAUCCUCAUCGACUCGCCCUCAUCAGCCACCCUCCUACAUACCUGCCACGCCCGCGGCGAGCACCAGCAGCGCCGCGGCCGCAGAUCAGACCACAUCCUCGCAACGCCAGUCAUCACAUCGUCGCCACCCAUCUUCGAUCUCUCGCCAACAGAGCCUCCGAGACUACUAUGACAAUGACACCGGCAGCUUAGAUGGCGAGCUCGGCAUCAUACCCAGCAGGGAGCGCCGGCCCGCAGAAACCCGUCUAGAGCGCAUGGCUAGCGGUGGUAGCACUCGAGCACGCUCAGCGUCGAACGCACAGCCGAAGUCAGCAUCGCGGCUGCGGACAAACGCGUCGCACGAUGAUUCCCAUGGGGCCCGAGCGGGGAUUGCCGCAGCAGUCAAUGAGAAGGUCCCGCCAAGCAGCGAGGGGACUACCUACCACCACGAAGCGACAGCAAGAGUGGGUGAAGUCGACGUGGAGAAGGGCAAUCUCGCAACGCUGCCACCUAUGGCUUCCGAAGUAGCAGCUGCCGCGGCAGUGGAGGACGGGACCACCUCCUCCCACUCUCCCUCAUCCGCAGCCUCGACCAACUCUUCAAGUGGCAAAGACCCCAACCUCGUAACGUGGGACUCACCAGACGAUCCCGCCAAUCCACGCAACUGGCCAGAGUCCAAGCGCUGGACGGUUAUGAUCCUCGUCUCGGUCUUCACGUUCAUGUCUCCGCUCUCCUCGAGCAUGAUCGCCCCUGCCUUACCUAUCAUUGCGGCCGAAUUUGGGAUAGACAGCAUGGUGGCGAGCAACAUAACAUUGAGCAUUUUCGUUUUGGCCUUUGCCAUAGGCCCGCUCUUCAUGGGUCCCAUCAGCGAAAUCUUUGGGCGCCGGGUGGUCAUACAGGCGGCUAACGUCUUCUUCCUCUGUUGGACCGUGGGAUGCGCACUCGCUCAGAGUCAAGGACAACUUACUGCCUUUCGUUUUCUUGCUGGUCUGGGCGGCGCAGCGCCGCUGACCACUGGCGGGGGGACCGUAGGCGAUCUGUAUAUACCGGAGGAGCGAGGAAAGGGGCUGGCGGUGUAUUCUCUCGCUCCUCUCCUCGGUCCCGCAGUAGGCCCGAUUGUGGGAGGUGCAAUCGUCGAAGGCCUGAACGGCCAAUGGCGCUGGAUCUUUGGAGUUGCAGCCAUUGCAGGCGGCAUCCCGUUUGUACUGGGAUGGUUUCUACUCGACGAAACGUACGCACCAGUCAUAUUGGCUCGCAAGGCUAAGCGGCUACGGAAGGAGACGGGUAACCAGGCCCUGCAUACCAUCUAUGAGAAGGAUGGCGUCAAGUGGCCAGAACGCUUCCGCACUGCCUUUGUUAGACCCUUCAUCCUCCUCUUCACCCAGCCAAUCGUCGUGGUGCUUGCAGCCUACCUCAGCGCAAUCUAUGGAACAAUCUACUUGUUGCUUACCUCAAUCAACCUCGUUUUCACGACGGUCUACGGCGAAAACGCAUUCAUUGCCUCGCUCAACUACAUCAGCCUCGGGAUUGGCAUGACAAUUGCGGGCCAGGCUGGCGGCUUGCUUGUCGACAGGAUCUACCGUCGCCUCAAGGCCAAGAAUGGUGGCGUGGGCCAGCCUGAGUACAGGCUGCCGCUACUCAUGUUCUCGUGCCUCUUCUUGCCUACUGGGCUCAUCAUCUAUGGCUUCACCGUGCAAUACAAGGUGCACUGGAUCGUACCCAACAUCGGAUUGUUCUUUGUGGGACUCGGCAUGAUGACCACCUUCCUGCCCCUCCAAAACUACAGCAUCGACGCAUACACGACGUACGCAGCCUCUGUGCUUGCCUCCGUAGGCUUCUGUCGCUCCCUCGCCGGCUUUGGCCUGCCCCUAGCUGCGCCCUCCUUGUACGCCAAUCUGGGAUACGACUACGGCAACCUCCUCCUGGCGGGUAUCGCGGCGCUUCUGGGCAUUCCAAGCCCGUGGCUGCUCUGGAGAUAUGGCGCUUGGCUUCGGGCAAGGAGCCCGUACGCCUCAGAGGCGUCAUUAACUAAGUCGUAGCCGGCUACGGUGGGAAGAAUCGAUCUACUCUUUGUCACAUAUCGCCUCAUCUAAUUCAUAGGCUCAGCAUUGAUUAAAGCAACUGA